CUUCCUAUAUCCUGUGAGCUGCCUUACGAACAACAUGACCGGCAGCCACGUUUGUUGUAAUUUUUUAAAUAUGUGGAAAAAAAGCAAGAUAUCGACCAUGUACUACCUUAACCAAGAUGCCAAAUUGUCUAACUUGUUUCUCCAGGCCAGCAGUCCAACAACUGGGACAGCUCCCCGGAGCCAGUCAAGGUUGUCUGUCUGUCCAUCCACUCAGGACAUCUGCAGGAUCUGUCACUGCGAAGGGGACGAGGAGAGCCCACUCAUCACGCCCUGCCGCUGCACAGGCACCCUACGCUUCGUGCACCAGGCCUGCCUGCACCAGUGGAUCAAGAGCUCUGACACACGCUGCUGUGAGCUGUGCAAAUAUGACUUCAUCAUGGAGACCAAGCUCAAGCCCCUGCGGAAGUGGGAGAAACUGCAGAUGACCACCAGCGAAAGGAGGAAAAUCUUCUGCUCGGUCACCUUCCACGUUAUUGCCAUCACCUGUGUGGUCUGGUCCUUGUACGUGUUGAUAGAUCGGACGGCAGAGGAGAUCAAGCAGGGCAAUGAUAAUGGUGUCCUCGAAUGGCCAUUUUGGACAAAGCUGGUUGUGGUGGCCAUCGGCUUCACUGGAGGUCUGGUCUUCAUGUACGUCCAGUGCAAGGUCUACGUGCAGCUAUGGCGCAGGCUGAAGGCCUACAACCGCGUGAUCUUUGUGCAGAACUGCCCGGACGCAGCCAAGAAGGCGGAGAAGAACCGCUCUUGCACCGUAAGCAUGGACACCAAGGACGCUGGGGCGGUGCCCGCCUUGCAGACGGGGACCACUGCACGGCCACCCGCGGAGGCCGGGCCCACCGAGCUCAUACCCGUGUGACGGGGCCAGCGGGGGCCUGUCACCCAGAGCAGAGUCCAGCCUGUCACUACAGACGACAGAAGCGAUCCUGAAUAGUCGCCCUCUAUCUUCUCUCCGCUUUCUGACUCAUUUGUUCUUACUUUGCUCAAAAGGAAAGAAGAAAACACCAAAUGACCAGGAUCCCAUGAAACAGUCUCAAGUGUAAAGAGGAAAUGUGGAAGUUAGCUGGAAAAGGAUUUCUGAGACAAUUCACCACUGGAGCAAGGGAUGAUUUUAGACAAUGAGGAAAGCCUGAGUGGACAAACCUGUGAGUCCUCACAGUACCAGGGAAAGUUCCAGAGUAAGGACUUGAGUUGAACAUGUGUUUCUUCUAGGGCCUCAUGAUGCUAACUCUCUCAUCUGGAAAUGACAAAGGUAUUUGGGUUUAAGCUUGAAAUUGUCUGCAUUAUCCCUAAGGCACAUUAGACACAUAUUUUGAUAUUCAUACUUUGACAGCUAACAGGUUUUUAUGGCUAUAGUGGAGUCCAGUUUGUUUUGACCGGUGCAUGUUUUUAAAAUAAAUGCAAGACACAUUUGAAGAUAUUAAUACUUGGAAUUAUGUUUAAAUCAUGAAGAGUAGCUUUUGAAAGAUUUUGGGAUUUAAUUAGCUCUGUUAAAUACCCAGAAGCCUUGUAUACUCCACUUGGACCCUCUGAAACAGCACUGUCCAACAGAAAUGUAAUGUGAGCCACAAAGGCUGGCUUACAUACGCAAAUUUAAAAUUUUCUAGUAGCACCAUUAGAAAAAGUAAAAAUAAACAGGUGAAUUUCGACAAUGUUUUAUUUAGCAUUAUAUACCCAUUAUCAUUUCAAUGUCAUCAUGAUAAAAAAUUAUUGAGUUAUUUUACAUCUCCUUUUAUGAACCAAGUCUUCAAAUUCCAGUAUGCAUUUCAUCCUUACAGGGAAUCUCAAUUCAAAUCCACUGUAUUGGAUAUAGCAGCCCUAAAAUUAGACACAAAACCUGUUUUAACAGUUGAAUCUUUCAAAACAGCACUUCAUUCUUUUUUUCAAAGUAUCACAAAUGUUAUUUUACAAAGCACUAAUCAAAUGAAGUAUCUUAAUAAGAGUUAGACAAAGUUACUAUUUUUUAAUGGGUAAAAAAACAAAACUAUAAAGCAAGCUGCCUGUGACAAAGUUUCAAAAUUAACUUAUUUGCUACUAUGAAGCACUUAAAAUAGGAGAAAUAAAAAAUAAAUUUUUUAAGUCAAAUGUACUUUUUAAAAUCCACAUAAGGUGUCAACUUGACAGAUGAGUAGUGAGUAGUUAUGACCAAGCAUUUAGACUGUAUUUUAAAGAGCUGACAAUUAUUUCCCUUGCUCAACUGGGAAGUAAAAACAUUCAAGAUUCUGUGAUAAGUAAUAAAUUGAGUUGUUUAGGUUUGACAGAUGAGUUGAUUAUUGUAUUCUUUGCAUAUUCAUGUGAACCUGAAGCGUGAACAAUACUGCAGUGAGCUAGACUAAUGAUUAUAAAUAUAGUGGCCUGUCAAAGGAGAUGUCUUACAUAAAACAAGGUGAUUUACUUUUGCUAGCUGUUGUUAUUUAUUAUUGUGAAAAGGCAACCAUGAUGGCCAUAGAACCAAAGCAUGGGUUUUGCACUGCACAAAUCUGGGUGUCACAUCACUGAUGUACUUUGUAACUGUCAGUGUGCUUGUUCCUCACAGGUUACCAUAGAAAAAGAAAGAGAUAACCUUUCACUGAGAAGGAUGCUAUGAUACUAGUAGUGGCUGACACUGAGUCCAAAUAGUCCCAGUUCUUAGAAAUAGAGCAAAGGUCAACAGCAUCAACUUUGUGUGCAUGUGGGGUGUGUGUGUUCCUGUAUAUACAUGAGAAAAAGUUAACGUGUUCAGUCAGGCAGCAAACAAGAGGUUUUUUAAAGCUCAUCUUUCUUAAAACUUGUUGAAUGAAGGCACAGGAAAAAAAAAAAAAAAAAAAACACUU